GUCAGGUAUACAACAUGCCCUGAUUGUAUAAGUUGGGAGUUAACAAACCAGUAGAGUGGUGCAUGCGUUUUACUGUUGUUAUGGAAUAGCAAUUCCCCUUGUAGACGAUUAAAAUUGGAUUAAUAAUAGAAGGAUUAUUAAAGCACAUAUUGAUCGCGAGUUCUCGCCGACAUACAAAGUGUGUUAUUUUAAAUAAGUAUAAGUAUAUCUGUGCAUAUUGAUACGAAACUGGCAUGUCAAUGUAAUUUCUGUGUGCUCGACACAUGUUAUUUUGUUGAAACAACAGAAGACACGAAAUUCAAGGAAAAAUAACCAAUUAUGGAUUUCUCAAAAUUUCGUGAAAGUGGAGAUCUGUCUGACCUGACAGUGACCGUGGACGAGCAGGUCUUUAAGCUCCACAAAUUUCCGCUGUACGCGAAAUCCGAGUACUUCUGCAAACUGGCACAUAGUGCAGACGUGAAGAAGGUGGAAUUAAUGGGCUUUCCCGGGGGACCCGAAAUAUUCAGCAUUGUGGCCGAUUUCUGCUAUAAUAUGAAGAUAGAUCUAUCCAAAAACAAUAUUGUGCAAGUACGGUGCGCCUCAGAAUUUCUUCAGAUGAAAGGUGAAGGCAACUUGAUUGACAUGGCAGGAAAGUUCUUCAAUGACACCAUCACGUCAACUAAAAUGAGUAGGUCCACGUCAUGCAUUGCGUCACUUCUUCUGUAUGCGUCUGCAGUCGGAGAAUUGGCUAACGUUUCCGGUAUUGUCGACAUUUGCUGCGAAGCUUUAAUUGAUUGUUGGCUAAAACCACCAACAAAAUUUAGCUCGCCAACGAAUAUCUUGAAGCAAAUGCCUGACCGACGAGAAGACAAGACAAUAUUAGCAUUGCUGAGUCUUCCGUUGGACUGGUAUAUGAAGCUUAUCCUAUCAGCACGUGACCAAGGGGUUCAGUCGACGUUACUUGCAGAACUAUCUACGUCAUAUAUUGCAGUCGUGAUCGACCGCGAGGAAUCCGAAGAAAAAUCAGCCCAAAGUGGUGAAUCGGGCGACGGUCACGCCAAAUCCCCUCGUGCGAAAUCGCCAAAGAAAACCGAUAUUGCCAAAGUUUUAGACAGUAUCAUCACGGUCUUGCCAGAAGAUUCGUUGUACAGUGACGUAAUUACGAUUGAUUGGUUGACAAAGGUGAUCCGAGUUGCAACAUCACAUAAUUGCAAAUGUCGAAAACUUCUAAUCAAAUCUGCUGGAGAACUACUGAGCACACUGUCUGCAGAAGACCUCUGUAUCAUCUCUCCAUCCCUAUUACGAGACAUAGUGGAAGAAUCGUGUAGUUCAGAAAACGGACAAAUGGAAAAGGCCUGUCGUAUUGUCGAUACGUACAUGUCCGAGAUGGUCCGAAAGGGUGUUCUCACAGCAGAAACGUUCAAAUUGCUAGCAACUGUUGUACCAAAGGAUGCGCGAAGCAACCACGAUCAAAUGUACAACAUACUGGAGUAUGUUUUAUCAGCAGAACGGGACAACCUAACCCCGGAACAGCGACAAGAGCUGAUAGAAACUGUGAAUUUCACUCUCCUCAACGAAGAGACACUGCAAGGUGCGCUAUCAGCCUCGAUUGUCCCCGCAACCUGCGUAGCCAAGGGUGCCAUUGCGUUAUGCACGCGCCUCCGGACGGACCUAGAAACAGCCCGGGCAACCUUACAGCGCCAAGAUGAUGAAAUAAAACGGCUGAAAAAUGCCGUGAAGCGCGGGAAGACGUUGGGGACACCCAUCAUGACGAGCUCGACAUCCAGUCUCCGAGAUACGUCCUUCGGCAGUGUCAACGGAGCUCGGGAUUCCGAUUUGGAGUUACUAGAACUGCCAACCAAGGACCAGAACGCUGGUACCGGCUACACGACAAGUGAAGUCCUGUCGGCAGUCCGGAACAAACUAGCAUCUGCCACCGCCUCCCCGUACAACACCUUCCGGCCGCUGUCACAGGAACACGACAUCAGUUACGAGGAGGAGUUGGAGUACAAACACGACAGAGCCUUCAGACCCAUGGACAACACGAGGACCAAAGCCAAGCAUAUAUAUGGACCCAGUUAUAGGACAUAUUCCGCCUACACCCAUCGGUACUAAAAUACCGGCGCGGAUCCAGUAUUUCGUGUAAAUAUUCCUGGGAGUCAAACCACUACGGAACUUAUCUUUAGAACCCUUUGGGGUCUUCUUGAGUGGAAGAGGAACUUUGGAAAAACCUUACAAUAAAAGAGGAAUGGACACUGUCUCAACAUAUUCGAUCUCAGUUACUCUGGGUGGCUCUACACCUGUAGGACUUCUAAAGUGAUUAGAAUAAUUUCAUUUAAAGAUGAUCAUACGUGAACUGAAUAAAAUCUAUAGAAAAUAGUACGUACAGUCCAUAAAAAAUUCCAUAGUCUUUCAGUGUGAUGUACACAAACCUUUAUAUCAAUUAAAAAAGGAAAAAAUUAACGAUGGAUUCAGAAUCUCUGAUAGACUGAUAUAGAUUACAUGUACAUAUCGGGUGUUUAUUUUAGGUAGAAAACAUACCCUAUUUAUUACAGUUGUAUAUUGCAGUUUUACCGAACUUUUAAUGAAUAAUUAUAUAUGUACAUAUAUAUAUUUCAAUUUGAAAUACAGUCAUUACCUUACAAUUAUAUUGUAAAAACAUUG